AUGGGGCGCCGCGGGUUGCUCACGGCCGCGCUUCUGCUGUGCUUCCUUGCUGUUUGCUCCGGCAGAGAACUUACGAUCAAACAGAACCCUUCCACUACCAUAUACAACUCGACUCUUGCCCAGAUACUUGUGGAGUAUGCUGCUGCAAUCUAUACUGCUGAUUUGACAGAAUUGUUUACUUGGACAUGUGCCAGAUGCGGUGACUUGAUCAAGGGGUUCGAGAUGAUAGAGAUCAUUGUAGAUGUUGAGAACUGCUUGCAGGCAUAUGUUGGUUUUGCCAGCGAUAUAAACGCCGUCGUCGUUGUUUUUAGAGGAACUCAAGAGAACAGCAUCCAGAAUUGGAUAGAGGACUUGUUAUGGAAACAACUUGAUCUUGACUACCCUGGCAUGCCUGAAGCAAUGGUGCACCGAGGGUUUUAUGCUGCUUACCACAACACGACACUACGUGAUGGAGUAGUCAGUGGUAUUCAAAAGACUAGGGAAGCUUACGGAGAUAUUCCAAUCAUGAUCACGGGGCAUUCAAUGGGUGGAGCUAUGGCUUCAUUUUGUGCGCUCGAUCUUGUUGUGAACUACGGUUUGGAUGGCGUAAAACUGAUGACGUUUGGGCAGCCCCGUAUUGGCAAUGCUGCAUUUGCUUCUUAUUUCAAGACAUACUUGCCUCAAGCAAUUCGAGUUACUCAUGCCCACGAUAUCGUGCCUCACCUGCCACCGUACUUCGCAUUCUUCCCACAGAAGACCUACCAUCACUUCCCAAGAGAGGUAUGGGUCCAUAAUGUUGGAUUAGGAACCCUAGUGUACUCUGCAGAAAAGAUCUGCGACGAUUCUGGUGAAGACCCUACAUGCUGCAGGUCAGUAAUUGGAAACAGCGUGCGAGACCAUAUAUACUAUCUUGGCGUCAGCAUGCAUGCAGAAGACUGGAGCUCCUGCAGAAUCGUCAUGGACUACAGCAGAUUGCAGUAUCAGAUGGACCUCAAAGUUUGCAAAUAUAAAUGCCGACAUUUGACAAAUGCAUCUGAAAAAUCAACAGUGCGUCCAAUUUGGCAUGAGCAACAAUACAACUCCGAGCAUUCGUCUUUCUUAUAA